GUGCUGCUCAUGGCGCGGGGUGCCGCCAUCGCCUACCCCAAGGAUGCGAGCGCCAUGCUGAUGAUGAUGGACCUCCACCCGGGAGACACCGUUUUGGAAAGCGGCAGCGGAUCCGGCGCUCUGAGCUUGUAUCUGUCAAGAGCAGUUGGGUCCAAAGGACGUGUUGUAAGUUACGAAAUCAGAGAAGAUCAUCACAAUUUAGCUAAGAAGAAUUACAGGCAGUGGCGUGCUUCAUGGGAAAUAGGACAUAUGGAAGAGUGGCCAGAUAACGUGGAUUUCAUUCUUAAAGACAUUACAGCAGCUGCUGAGGAUAUGAGAUCUGUAACAUUUGAUGCAAUAGUUCUGGAUAUGCUUAACCCUCAGGCUGCUUUGCCUGUUGUAUACCCAAGUCUUAAACAUGGUGGUGUGUGUGCUGUGUAUUUAGCAAACAUCACACAGGUUAUUGCCCUUUUAGACAGAAUACGGACCCGCAAGCUCCCUUUUUUGUGCGAAAGGAUCAUUGAUGUAACACACAGGAAUUGGUUAGUACUCCCUGCUAAAAUCAAGAAUUGCAAAUCAAGCCAAAUAGUGGAAACUCAGGAAAAUACUGAGGAAGAACCUCAACAAAAAAAACAUGAAGAAAUCCAUUUUCAGGAUCAAGCAGUUCUUAAAGAAAGUGAAUAUGAUGAGUCACUUCCUGACAACGUUGAAACAUACUGCUCAGUACCUUACAUUGCUAGACCAUCUUAUUGGCAAGAUGCUCAUUCAGCGUUCCUCACCAAGCUGAGAAAGUUUCAACCACCUCUUUCUUGAUGUUGCUCAGAUGUCAGCUGCUAAUUUGGGUGCUACCUCGUCUCCUUUUGUUGGACAGGCUGUGAUAGUCUACCAGAAAUGAGGAGAAAAAAUACUGGUAAGAAAAUAGAUCAAAUUCUGCCCUUUGAAACUUAAGUGAAACAGCUGAUGUCACUGGUUGGUAGCUCAAUUUCGUUAUGAAAAAUAUUUGCACAACUGUAAUAGAAACUGAAAGUCACUGAAUUUGUGCCUCUUGAUAAAGCCGCAUUGAUUUCAAUAAAAGACCAGUUGUGGACAAAUACAUCUUCGGUUCAUUUCCAGCAACCAUGCUGAAAGUUGUCUAGUUGUGAACUUUGUUUUGAACAUUUGAGAGUACUUUGUACAUAAUGAACAAAAUUUGUUCUGACCUUUCUCAGAUAUAAAACAGAGUAGCUCUCUAGUAAAGAUGCUAGACUGAAAAAGGAGGAACAGAAGCAUUGCAUUCAGGGUCUCAUAAAAGUCUCCAUGUAUGCAUAUG